AUGAAACCUUAUAUUGCCGAAAAAAAUGGUAAACUUCACCUUUUCGACCAACAAAAAAUCAUUGAUUGCUUUUUUUACGUUAAACCCCAAAUCGAGAAAAUGAUCGAAGAAGAAAACGUGACAGUUUUAUUUGUGGGAACCACUCCCCAUUUGGCAGAAAUUGUUAAGCAAGCCGCGAUUAGUUGCCAAUCCCCUUACCUGGCUCACCAUUGGCUAGGAGGAUUUUUAACUAAUUUCCGCACUAUUCAGCAAUCAAUUUGGCGAUUAAAAAAUUUGCUUGUCUUCCAACAAUCAGAAAAGUUUGCUGCUUUACCCAAAAGGGAACAAAUUGAGUUAGAAAAAAAAAUCAAUAAGUUAAAAAAAGUCUACGAAGGAGUACUCAAUUUGCCAAAAAAUGGCUGGUUUGAUUACUUUCAAGGUAAAAAACGACCCAAUGUUUUAUUAUUUAUUAUCGGAUUAAAAAAAGAAAAAACAGCAAUUAGAGAAGCCAAAAGAUUAGGCAUUCCAAUUAUGGCAAUUUGCAAUACCAGUGGCGAUCCUAGUUCAGUUGAUUACGUGAUUCCUGGCAAUUGGGAAAACGAAGGCAACCUCUGGGCUCUGGAAACUGAGCAUAGCAUUUUGCUUUUAGCUGCCGGAGAAAAUGCUCCUUUUUUAAAUCAGCAAGAAACAAUUGAUUAUGAUUAUUUAAGCAAAGCCAAAGCCAAAAUUAAAGCAAUUAUUCUGUUUAACACUCUUCCUAAAAACUGUGCCUUUUUGCCCCAACUUUACCAAGAAUUAAAUUUACAGUGUCCUAUUUACGGUAGUCAGCCUAAAGUUUUAGAGGAAGAAGGACAAUCCUCGCCGGGGAAUACCAUUUAUUUAUUAGUCGGUUCUCCCCAAAAUAUUGAAGAACGAUUAAAAGCCACUUUGGCCGAAAAGCAUUUUAGUAAAAAAGAACUCAUUACUUUUGUCGUAGGAAUUUCUGCGGUUCAUGGCGGCGAGGCAAAAAUAGCCAACAUUGUGGAUUACCUUUACCAAAAAAAGAGCGAAGUUCACAAUUUUAGUCGCAGUGAAGCAUUUUCCUUAGGCACAAGUUUCACCGACCUGAAAUUACUUUUAGAAGUGAUUCAACCAAACUUAACGAUUACUCUCCAAAAUAGCUUAAAGCAAGGAUUAACCCCCAACCCUGAUAUUUUAUGUAAUAGUUCGAUUAAGUUUUCAGCAUUAGUAGAUUAUGUGCAAAAGCAUUUUCAGCCUGAUUUUAUUGCUACUGGUCAUUAUGCGAAAAUUAUUGUCGAUGAAAGCCAAGACCAGUAUUAUUUAGGUAAAGCCAAAGACCAAAGCAAAGACCAAACUUAUUUUCUUUGCCAGAUACCGCCCUCAGUUUUGCCGAAAUUAAUUUUUCCCUUGGCUGGUUUAACCAAACCAGAAGUUCGCCAAAUAGCCGAAAAAAUGAAACUAAUUAACGCUCAAAAAAAAGAUUCGACCGGAAUUUGCUUUAUCGGUGAACGCAAUUUUGCUAAAUUUCUAACUAAUUAUUUGCCUCCAAAAGAAGGGAGCAUAAUUGACAUUGACAGCGGAAAAAUCAAAGGCAAACACCAAGGAGCAUAUUAUUUUACGAUUGGGCAAAGACAGGGAAUCGUAAAAGACAUUAAUUGGCUAGUUAAAGAAAAAGAACUGCUUAAUUACCUCAACGACCAAAAAAUAACCGCCAAAUUUCGUUAUCGGCAACUAGAAAUUUUAGUCAAAUUGUUCCCCACCGGGAAAAAAAGUGAAGUAAAAGUAGAAUUCGAAGAAAGAGAAAGAGCGGUUACUCCCGGGCAAUAUGCCGUCUUUUAUUACCAAAGUGUCUGUUUAGGCGGAGGAGUGAUUUAUGCUACUGAGAAAUUAGACAAUCACGGCAAACCAGUUAAUUUGCCAGCAGGAGAAACCGAAGAACUAAAAGCCAAAUUAAAUUCACCUGAUUAUGUUGCCGUUCCGGAAAUAUUAGAACAUAGCGACAGAUAUGGUGAUAUGAUAACCUUUAUUUUCAGGAAAGAUAGCAAUGACGGCGUCCACAGUGAAAAGAGAGAUAAUUUUCUUGGUGAUAUGGGUCGAGAAAAAGAUAGAGUUAUUUACGAGCACCAAUUAGAACCCGCUGAUUGA